CGCGGCCCGCCUCGCUUCCGGUUGCUGUCGCCCCCAUAUCCGGUGUCCGCCCGCCCUCGGCUCCGCCGCGUCCGCGAUGCUGUCCCGGUCCCGCUGCGUGUCCCGGGCGUUCAGCCGCUCGCUCGCCGCCUUCCAGAAGGGGUCUCCUUAUGUCAGGGACCAAGUUACCCUGACAGCAGGAAGAUUGUUGCUGACAGCAGCAGUGUCUGCAGCGUUCGAUACUUCAAAACCACAGCUGUGCGCAAGGACGAUGUGAUUACAGUCAAUACCCCGGCGUUUGCAGAAUCUGUCACAGAGGGAGACGUCAGGUGGGAGAAAGCUGUUGGGGACGCAGUUGCAGAAGAUGAAGUGGUUUGUGAGAUUGAAACGGAUAAGACAUCUGUGCAGGUUCCAUCACCAGCAAAUGGUGUGAUUGAAGCUCUUUUGGUACCUGAUGGAGGAAAAGUUGAAGGAGGCACUCCUCUCUUCACACUCAGGAAAACUGGUGCUGCUCCUGCCAAGGCCAAGCCAGCCGAAGCUCCUACUGCAACCCCGAAAGCAGAGCCUACAGUAUCAGCAGUUCCUCCUCCCUCUGCGGCCGCCAUACCUACUCAGAUGCCACCGGUGCCCUCCCCCUCACAGCCUUCUUCCAGCAAACCAGUCUCUGCAGUUAAGCCCACAGCUGCACCUCCACUAGCUGACCCAGGCGUUGGCCGGGGGGUGCGUUCAGAGCAUCGGGAGAAAAUGAACAGGAUGCGGCAGCGAAUUGCUCAGCGUCUGAAGGAGGCCCAGAAUACGUGUGCCAUGCUGACUACUUUCAAUGAGAUUGACAUGAGUAACAUCCAGGAGAUGAGGGCUCGCCACAGAGACGCUUUCCUAAAGAGACAUGGCCUCAAACUGGGCUUCAUGUGUGCGUUUGUGAGGGCCUGUGCCUCCGCCCUGCAGGAGCAGCCCGUUGUGAAUGCGGUGAUUGAUGAUGCAACCAAAGAGGUGGUGUAUCGGGACUACAUUGACAUCAGUGUUGCAGUGGCCACUCCACGGGGUCUGGUGGUUCCCGUCAUCAGGAAUGUGGAAACUAUGAAUUACGCAGAUAUUGAACGAACCAUCGGUGAACUGGGAGAGAAGGCCCGAAAGAACGAGCUUGCCAUUGAAGAUAUGGACGGUGGUACUUUCACUAUUAGCAAUGGAGGCGUGUUUGGCUCACUCUUCGGAACGCCCAUCAUCAACCCUCCUCAGUCUGCCAUCCUCGGCAUGCAUGCCAUUGUUGACAGGCCAGUGGUCGUGGGAGGCAAGGUGGAGGUGCGGCCUAUGAUGUACGUGGCACUGACUUAUGAUCACCGGCUGAUUGAUGGCAGAGAGGCUGUGACUUUCCUCCGAAAAAUCAAGGCAGCAGUAGAGGAUCCCAGAGUCCUCCUCCUGGACCUUUAGGAGGAGACCGCACGCCCUACAAAUUGAUCAUGCAGGAACUGAAAACCAGACUUCUCCCUGUCCCCCAUGGGUCCCACGUUAGCCUGGUGACAGGCAGGCACAUGCUCCUGGCCUCAGGCAAGGAAGCCAGGGCACUAUGUAACCAGCAGUCACAGGUCUCUCACUGUCCCCGCAGGCUGUCUCAUGCCCUUCUCUUGCCUUCACAUACCUUACAUGCUUAGGCUGACGGGAGUGCGUCAGUGGAUGUGCGUUAACACCCCUGCCUUUUCUCAUUAGCCCUCCACAAAGAUGAUUUUGCUUCUCCUGCGGCCACUGUACCAUAGGGAAACCACUGGGGACCAUGUGACCAAGCGUCCUUCUUCGGAAGGUGUUCUCCAGGAUGCCGGGAGGGUGCCGUUCCUCCCAAGCUCAGCGCAGCACCUGUCUGGAGUGUUGAACACAGGCAAAGAGGUGCUGCUUUGCUUCUCAACUGGCACCGUCAUCUUCAGUUGUCAGUGAUUUCAAGAUGCUUCUUCUACCUCUUCCAGGAAGCACAGGCCGGGGGAGCUGGGGUGGGGGUGCUGAUGGCGGGGGAGGGCAGGGUCCCUGUGAAGUCACAGUAACCGCAGGUGGGAGCAGACCCAGGCCUGCCCUCACACACGCAUCAGUAGCUCACACCGGAAAACUCAUUUCAGCUACUCCUACAGAGCUGUGGUCCUGCCAGCCCUUCCCAGGCUGCUAGGAGCCGUCCUCGUACACUGUCACUGUUCAGAGCAGGUGUUAGUGGCUGUGGCAGCGGGACCGAGCCUGGUCACAGUGAUGCUGAGCGCCCGGGAGGGGGGCAGUCUCUGAGCGGCACAGGUUGCCGGGACGCAGAUGCUGUUCUGUCCCCAUGCUGUGGCCCACGAGGCGGUGGGGCCUUGGCUCUUCCAUGCGAGACACAGGUCUAGGGGAGGGUGGGAUGUGGAGGGGCCCAGCCCCAAGGUGGCGGUAACCUGGGGGUAAGGUGGCUGAUGUCAUCUCAGGUGCUGCAUUUUGGGUCUGGGCAGUCGUCGAAUUCCUUAGAGCGUGGCUAAAUACAAGUAUCUUGUGAUGAAAGCCGCUGGGCUUCAUGGUGUUGUGUCCACUGCGUCCAGGCCGGAGACCGCUGGCGCGUGACGCGGAGCCACUGGUGCAGUGCCCUUUUUAAUCUAGAGCUGAGCAGCCAGGCUGGGGGAGGGGAGGGAGGGGCAGUACUGAGUGCCUGCAGCGUCUGCUACUCUGUCUUCACCGUGCAGAGCUUGUAACUAAAAUAUUUAAGGAAACUGAUUUUGAAUGAAAAUUAAAGGGCAGAUAUUCUCAAACGC